AUGGAACGAGCACUUCCCCCACCCACCUUUAUCCGCCAAUUCGGUACCCCAAAACACCUCGAUCCGAACGAGACGUACGACCUCCUCUCCUCCUUCCUUGUCGCCCAAACAUCAAAGGCCCACUAUGCACCUUCCACCCAGACGUCACAGCUGGAACGUCUCACCGAUGUCAUCGGGAUCCAGAUCGGAGCCGUAGAUCCUACCGAUGCCGAGGAACACGAGAGGGAACGUGAACGGUUGGAAGCGGAGGAGAGGGAUAGGUUGAAGAAGGCUCGAGAGGACGCACUGGGAGUACAGGAGGAAGAGGCCGAGGAGAUGGUCAAGGAGGAAGAGCAGCAGGUGGCUGAGCAGCGGGACGAUGAUGACGAGGACGAGCUGGACGAUGGCGAGGAGGACGAGGCGGAUUCGGACGAGGAAGGAGCUCCUCUUCCAAGCAACGAAAAGGGACAGGAGCAGGACGAGUUGGAGGAUGAGGACGAGGAUGCUCCGGCCUUCGUCGGGCGGUUAUUGGAACCUUGGGUAGCCGCAUCCGACCCGCCUGCUUGCCUUGCACCUCAGGCGGUUUCUUCUGGAUGUCAACCCUUAUCAACGCAAGAUCUUCUCCUUCCAUCCAAAACGGAGAACUCCGCACUCCGACCCACCAUCCUCAUCUUUCUGAAGCAUAUAACCUGGACGACGAGCCUGGACGUUUCCCCCUUCGAAGUCCGUCGAUCGCUCUCCACGCAUUCGCCGCAUUCGCUCUACGCACGACCCUGUACGACCAUCAUCAUCGCCACCGGCAUGACCAUCAUCAUCACCACCGGCAUGACCAUCAUGUCCCGCUUCGUGGUUACACGACAUGGAUAUCCAUUGCGACCUGUACAUUUUUCCUUGUAA